AUGGCAGCCACAAGGGGUGUGAUGAGGGCUGUCCGAGUCUUUGAGUUUGGGGGCCCUGAAGUGCUGAAGCUCCAGGCAAACGUCUCCGUUCCCGACCCAACAGAGAAUCAGGUGCUGAUUCGAGUCCACGCCUGUGGGGUGAACCCUGUGGAGACCUACAUCCGCUCUGGGAGCUACGCCAGAAAGCCAGCCUUGCCCUACACCCCUGGCUCAGAUGUGGCUGGUGUCGUGGCAGGGGUUGGGGAGCGUGUCACUGCUUUCCAGAAAGGGGACAGGGUUUUUACCGUUGGCACCAUCUCUGGAGGAUAUGCAGAGUAUGCAGUUGCUGCAGCUGACAGGGUCUUUCCCUUGCCUGAUAAACUGGACUUCAGGCAGGGAGCAGCCAUUGGGAUACCCUACUUCACUGCUUAUCGUGCUCUGCUCCAAAAAGGGCGUGCCAAGGCAGGGGAGAGUGUGCUGGUGCAUGGUGCCAGUGGAGGGGUGGGAAUAGCAACAUGUCAAAUUGCCAGAGCCUGUGGUUUAAAGGUGUUGGGUACAGCAGGAACUGAGGAAGGCAUGGAUGUGGUUUUGAGGAAUGGUGCUCACCAAGCAUUUAAUCACAGAGAAGCUAAUUACACUGAUAAAAUCAAGGAAUACAUAGGGACAGAAGGAGUUAAUAUAAUCAUAGAGAUGCUCUCUAACGUCAAUCUUGCUACUGACUUGCAACUGCUGUCCUGUGCAGGAAGGGUGAUGGUUGUGGGCUCUAGAGGCCCCAUCGAGAUAAAUCCCAGAGACACCAUGAGUAAAGAAUCAAGCAUAACUGGAGUUAGUCUGUUUCUUGCAACUGAGGAGGAGAUGCACGAGUGUGCAGCAGCAGUCCUGGAUGGCAUAGAAGCUGGCUGGCUGAAACCUCUGGUAGGCUCUGAGUAUUCUCUGGAGAGAGUAGCCCAGGCUCACCAGGACAUCAUGCACAGCAGAGGAGCCCAGGGGAAGAUGGUGCUCCUUCCAUAA